AUGGUGAAGAAACACUCGCAUCUGAUCGGGUGGACUGUCGUCGAGGCCGAGGACGAUCCGGCCGACGUCGAGAUGGAUGAUAAAUUCUGGCAUGAGAUGCUUGAUCUCUUCUUCGUGCGUGGUAGGGUCUCGAGGAGCAGGGAGGAGGACGACCUCGUCUUCUUUGUCAAUAGCAUGAUGCAGAAGAUGGAAGAUCUGCCUCCCUUUUUCGUGCGGAGAUGGGCUCCUGCGCUUGAAAAGCUCAUCAAUGCUAAUUCAACCGAGGUUGAUUGGGAACGUUCCUUCUAUUUGAAUUUAGUCGCUCACACGUCAUAUACUGUCACGGUGGCAUUGUGCAGUAUCAGCAAUCUUCGCAAUCGUGCAGACAAAAGCAAGCGGUUGCCUCCAAUUUAUAAGGUUUCGAAAACUGUAUAUGCAUCCCCUAGCCGUGUAAAUUUCCGCCUUGAUCAAAGAAAGGCUGUAGAAACAGUACCUGCAUAUCCCAACAUUUAUUUCUCAGUUGAUGACUUCGAUGAUCCUUUUGAUGCUGUGGUUUUGUCAGACCCAGAACACUGCUAUUGUGUGAUUCUCAAUGCACAUGAUGGGGCGGCAUUUCCUGAAGAAACCGGAUCAAGCAAUGUCAGUUCAAAUAUACAAUCUGCGAUCAACUCUGGGAGCAUUGGAGAGAACCCACCAAAGAGAACUCUCUUCUCGGGUUAUGUCAGCUAUCAAAAUGUCCGUGAAGCUUAUGAUGCUGGCAGAUCCAAAUUCGGGAGCUUCCUCUCACUUGGGCAGGACAAUACGAAACUCGAUAAACUUUUCAUGAGGGGCCCUGAAGGACGUGGGGAAGUUGAAGUUGCUGUUUCUGGGAUUGCAGAUCAGAGCCGUGAGAGGUCAAAGAAAGAUGCAGGAGAUAACUUCCGGGUUCUUGUUCGUAAGGCGGCUUCUGCUGCAUCAAAGUUAGCAGAGCAGGCCUUCGAGGCUGCAUCUGCCAACAAACGAUCGGAUGAUAAACUUCUUCCUCUCAAGUGCUGUUUGAUGUCAGUAUCUCUUCCUUGGGACUUCAUUGCUCAUGACCUGUUGCACAAGGCUCAGAUGGCGCAUGAGGAGGGAUGGAGGUACCCAAGAAACUGGGAUGCGUUGUGCGUUGUGUACUUUGUUAGACCAAACUGGCCCUGGUUUGUCAUUGAGACUGGAUUUCGUGAAUGCUACCUUACGUGCUUUUGCUUUUGGCAAGCUAAUAUUCAAGCUUCGGCGGGCCCAUGUAGCAUCGGGAGCGUUUGUUCUUCACGGAAAAUGCCGUUGGCAGCGAUCAGUGAACUCAAAAGCACGUUUCGUCCAAAAGAUAAACAAUUCAGUAACCCUCUUAUUGUCUCGCCAAAUACCCAGAUAAAAAUAGAGACAACAGAUACUUGA